CGUGGUGGAAUAAGCUCCAAACCUUCUUCUCAAAAAGAGGAGAGGAGGCCCUUAGCCCAGCAGUGGGACAUUCACAGGCUGUUACGGAUACGUAAAUGGCACAAGAACCUCGCACAAGGGACACAACCUUUUAGUUACUAAGAUAAUCAUGUCGAAGGCAACUUAUCUCCGUAUAUUGGGUUACACGGUGACCAUAGCAAUGCACGUCGGUAACAUAGUGUUUAUGAACUUUUGCAUGAAACGUGAACUGGUCGGUGAUCCAGAGCUAACGACUUUUAGUCAAUUACAACCUCGGUACUUCACUUGCUGGACAUUCUUUCUCCAAAUCUUGUACGCGGUGGUCGGGCUGACAAGCGAUUUCAAAUUAUUAUCGAAUAGCAAAAGUGAUUAUAAGCCCUCUAAGUACUUACAAGGCUUUAGGAACACACUGUUUAGUGCAAUAUUAUGGCCCUCGACAUGGGUCGUUUCCAUUGUAUUUUGGUCACUAUUCUUAUAUGACAAAAAGCUGAUAUUCCCUAGCGUCGCGGCUAAAGUUGUGACACCAGCUUCGAAUCAUAUAAUGCAUACAGCUAUAAUCGGCGUUGUGCUCUGGGAAGUGUGUUUCCAGCCCAGGACUGUGCCUAAAUCGCACAAACGAAAUCUGUGCCAUCUUGCAUUCCACUUAUUGUUAUAUUUUUCCAUAUUAACGUACACGUACGUAGAACGGAGCAUUUGGAUCUAUCCUAUAUUCGAAGUGCUGUAUGGAACAAUAUACUUUCCACUACUGCCCCUGUUAAUAGGAGUACUGGCGAUCACGUUUUAUUACUUACAAUGGACCCUGACCGAGCUGUUAUGGGGCGGAACAAAGAAAACUAUGAAAAUAAAAUGAUAUAACACAUUUAUACUAUAACAAUUACAGAUAAUUAUAAUAUUAUUCUGUGUAGAUGUAUAUUAGCAGAUUUUUUGGUAAACAAAUCGAACCACGGCGCUGUUUAAAAAUGUCUCCGUUUUUUUUUCAAUAUUUGAUCACUUGUCACAAUAUCUAAUGCCAAUAUUAUAGUGGUGGUAGUCUUGACUCCGUAUAUUCACCAGUUUUUUUAUUUAUGGAAAUAUAAGCUUAUUGUGAUAAUAUAUUAUUUUGUUAUAAUGAUA